AUGGGUAAGAAGAAGUCAGAGGAGAUAGUUGCUAUGAGGAAUGGGAAGAAGGAGAAAGUUUCCGUGAUUAUCCUCCUAGCUAAUCAUGAUCAAGAAGACGAAGAAGACCUAGGCGUUUCUGAUGAGAAACAGAGACAGAUGCAUGCAAAUGAAAAGCAACUGGAUUUCUCUGUGACUCCUAAGAAAAAAAUGAAGGCAAAGAGUCACCUGGCUGCAGAGAUGGAAAAGAGGGAGGCCCGUCCUCUUCUGCAGUUGAUUGAGGUUAGCUUCUGCUACCCAAACAAGUCAAGAUUCAGGCUCUCAAAUGUGGAUUUAGGUAUAGAUAUGGGGACACGAGUAGCGAUAGUUGGGCCUAACGGAGCUGGAAAGUCGACUCUUUUGAAUCUUAUUGCGGGAGAUUUAGUUCCGACUGAGGGUGAAGUGAGAAGAAGCCAGAAGCUGAGGAUCGGCAGGUACUCGCAGCACUUUGUUGAUCAGUUAUCAAUGUGGGAGACACCGGUUGAGUAUCUUCUUCGUCUGUAUCCUGACCAAGAGGGAUGUAGCAAACAAGAGGCGGUGCGUGCAAAACUGGGCAAGUUUGGGCUAACAGGUGAAAACCAUUCAACUCCAACUGCGAAAUUGUCUGGAGGACAAAAGGCUAGGGUUGUGUUAACCUCAAUCUCAAUGUCGAAGCCACACAUUUUGCUUCUUGACGAGCCAACAAAUCACCUCGACAUGCAGACGAUAGAUGCCUUGGCGGAUGCACUAGAUGAGUUCAAAGGAGGAGUUGUGUUGGUGAGCCACGACUCGAGACUCAUAAGCCGUGUCUGUGAGGAUGAGGAGAAGAGUGAAAUUUGGCUUGUGGAAAACGGGACAGUGACUUUCUUCCGAGGCACGUUUGAAGAGUACAAAGAAGAACUCAUUGGAGAAAUCAAAGCAGAGGUUGAUGAGUUAACUUCUCUUGUUGGCUGCUAA